CGUCAACUCGUCUCUGCACAACAACAACGACGUGCACACACCCACACCCACACGCACACACACGUUCCACAACGCUGUCGCUGCUGCAAGCAACGAGACAAGCAAGCAAGCAAGCGCUUUCUUUGCAUCCACAGCUGCCCCUCACUUGUGACGUUGCUGCGCAGGUUCCUGCGUCGAUUACGGCAAUCCUUCAACUUGCCUCCAGCUCUCUUGUUUGCAGUUGCGGUUAUUAGCCGAGUGGCCUUGAUCUUUGGCCUUCCCCGACCCGGAGACGCACACCAACUCUUCAUCUCAAACGCGUGGCUGCGUGUUUGAGGCCUUGUUCACCUCCGUGUGUGACACCGUUUGCGCACCGCAGGGCCUAUGGCUGGUGCCAAGAAAGGAACCAUUUUGCUCGCCGAGGGAUCCACCAAAGUCAUUCGCUGGAAGCUUCCUACACGUCGUGCAUCCCGCUAAGAGCGUCGCGAGCAACAAUGGCUUCCUUGAACGCUUUGUCGUCAGCUCUGCUCCGCACCUCCCGCAGAGCUUUCCAUGCUGUGAAGGCUGUCGUUGGUUCGUGUGACAAUGUUGUGAAGGUCACAUGGAGCGACGGCGUGGAAACACAGCACAAUGCCACCUGGCUUCGCCACAACUGCGCAUGCCCAGACUGUGUCCAGCGACACAGUGGGCAGCGCUUGCUGAUGAGUCAGGAUCUCAAGAUUGUCAACAAAGUUACCCCGCUCGCCAUCGAAGACACGUGUCUGCGGGCUGCAUGUGACGGACACGUGAGCAUGACGCCUCUCCACUGCCUGCGCACCGCCCCCCUCGCCACCCCAACAAACGACGCAACAACACCACCACCCUCUGCUGAUGCUGCCAACAAUGCCAGUGCCACCGCUGCUGCCGGGAGGAAGAAGCGCGUGCACGAGUACAGUGACGUGCUUGCAGACGAGAAUGCGCUGUUUGCGUGGUUGAACGACCUCGGCCAGACCGGAUAUGCCGUCAUAUCCGGUGCUGCUGGCAACACGGACGCAGUCGUCAACCUCGCAAACACAAUCUCCCACCCGCAGCCAACCAUCUACGGGACGACGUUUGACGUGGUGGCGACGGAUGCGCCCAUCAACAUCGCCUACAGCACGGCCCAGCUCGAACUUCACCAGGACAUCGUCUACUACGAAUCCCCGCCAGGGCUGCAGUUCCUGCACGCUCUGCAGUUUGACGACACGGUCGCUGGCGGCGAGUCUGUGCUGAUGGAUGCGUUUGCGGUUGCCUCCCGCUUCCGCGACCUGCACCCGGCCCACUUUGACGUCCUCACCCGCGUCCCAAUGCGGUUCCAGAAGGUGCACUAUGAGCGCGAGCUGCCUGUGCACAUUGCGUCGCUCAAACCCAUUAUCCGCCUAGACCACAAUGGCGAGAUAGUGGAGGUGACGUGGAGCCCUCCCUUUGAAGGCCCGCUGCCCAACACGCUGCCCGUCGACCAGGUCUCUGCCUUCUACGAGGCAUAUGUUGCCUUUGCGCAGUGCAUCCACGCCUGGGACGACCUGCAUGUCGAGCGCCGGCUGCACACGGGGGACGUGCUCACCUUCAACAACAGGCGCAUGCUGCAUGGUCGCCGCGCCUUUGACCUCCGCACCCACGGCCACCGCCACCUCAAGGGGGUGUAUGUGAACAUCAACGAGUUUGCCAGCCGCCUCAACUUCCUGUGCAUCAAGCGCAACGUCGCCCCGCCCGCGUUCUACGGCGACGGCCAGAUGAACGUCAUCUGAUCCGCUUGGCGCGCCAGCGCAACACAUACAAAGUGGCUUUGUGUGUCCGUUGCUUUCUCUCCGUCUUCUUUGCUGAUUUUCCUCCCACCACACACGCAAACAUACACACGCACACAUACACACGCACGCAUACACACACGCAUUCGUUGUCUCUUGCACCUUCGCCUUCACCUCCUCGUCCUUUGUUCCUACGUUCGCCAGAGCGUGGUAGCAUGCCU